UUUAGCCGUAUCUCCGAUAACAUCAUUAUUAUUCAGUUGAACGCAUUUUAAUGACGAUGAAUAAGUUUGGAUGCGUAUUUGUGAUUUUGAUUAUUUCAAUGACAAUUGUGAAUUCAUUGGCGCAUCGAUCUCGUCGAUUUCUAAUAUUUCCGCCAACUGCUCCGACUCGUGUACAGAUUAUAUCCGGCAUCGGUAUUCCUGUGGAUUUGGAGCUUGAAUCGGUGACAAUUGGCUACGUUUUUAAAGCCGAAUUUUUUCUACCAGAAAAUGCAUCGAAUUAUUUAAACAUUUUAUCUGAUCCGUAUGAUCUAACGACACGUCCAAUAACGGGAGCAAAACGUCGAAAACGUUUUGUUGAAGAAACAGUUACAACUGAAGCGACCGAAAAUACAUUGCAUGAAUAUAAAGGUUAUGAUAAUGAGAAAAAUGAACGAUUUGAAAAGUAUAAGGUCGUAGCUGAAGUUGUUGAAAGUGGAACAGAAGCGCUGAAUGAAAGUGAUGCGGAUUCGGAUGAAAGGUCAUGGUUUGAAGAAGAACAUUUUGAUAGAUCGAAAGAUCCAUUGGCAUUGAAAAGGCCACAGAAUUUGGGAACAACACGUUGGACCAUUUACAAAGGAAUUGCUGCAAUCGCUGAAAGUAAGGGCCUCUCAGGUAAACCAUGUGUAAUGAGAAUUAUUUGUGAAUCGGCCCAAACACCGUUCGAUUAUUCGAAUGGAAUUCUGGGCGAACUGAUGCAUAUUGUGAUGUCGCCAUCAACAACACGAGACCAAAUUUCCGAUUAUUCGGAUUUGGAAUAUUAUCGCGCUGAAAAGCUUGGAAAAGAAGGUGCACCCUGUGAACGUGUAUUUAAAGACUGUAAAAUUUCGAUUUUAGAACAAUUUACUGGAUUCUAUACACCGAUGAUGAAUUUGCUUAGUCGAUUCCUCAAAUGAGACAGAAUACUGUUUUUUAUCCGUACUGAAAGUCUAUUUGUUUAUUUAUUUAUUUUAACUAUAAUUUAUACAGAAAAAUAAAAG